AUGGAGUCCAGAUCUCUUCACUCCAAGCCGUCGGAAGAGACUCUCAUAUCGCUCCUUCAACUAGAUCCGUCCCCCAUCGAGACACCACCGGCCGACGUUGACAAAGAUCUUCCUCCCCUGCCUGAAGAUGUCCUGGAGAAUAGCACUGGUUCCCUCAGGUCGACUUCUUCUGCGCCCGGUUUAAGCGGCAGUGGUCACAGCGCGAUCUUUUACCUGACACGAAUCCAGAAGUUCUCUUCCUACCUGGUACCGGUCUUCACCUCACUUCACGUUGUCAACACCUCCAUAAUACCACUGUUUGCGCGAUCAGUCCCAGCUUCCGAGGCAUACCUGCUACUUUCGAGAGAAAUAUACCAAACAUCCCUCACGGAACCGCUUCUCGUGGCAUUGCCCAUCGUUGCACACAUCGCCUCUGGUUUUGCCCUUCGCCUCGUUCGCAGAUCUCAGAACCUGAAGCGUUAUGGAGGCAACACACCCGGCAUGUACGCUUUGUAUCGAGCCCAGACCGGCAAAACAUCACGAGCCUUGACCUAUAACAGCGUCAACUCCGCUAGCAGGAUAUGGCCGUCCUUCAGCUACAUAUCUAUAUCUGGCUACAUCUUCACAGUUUUUCUUGCUGCCCAUGCAGGCAUCAAUCGCAUCCUCCCCCUGCAAGUUGACGGCGACAGCUCGAACAUUGGCUUGGGUUUCGUUUCUCAUGGGUUUGCCCGGCAUCCCAUCAUCUCGUGGAUUGCGUACACCGGUCUUCUCGCAAUAGGCUGCGGACAUAUGGUUUGGGGCGCAGCAAAAUGGCUGGGCCUGGCGCCAACGGCUAUGGGGUGGAGUGGUAGUGGACGCAAUGUGAUAGACAAAAAGGUGCGACGGCGGAAGAGAAGAGCGUGGUGGGCGCUUCACGGCGCCGCUGUGGCAGCGGCCGGCGUCUGGGCUGCCGGGGGAUUGGGAAUCAUAGCAAGGGGUGGUUCAACGGACGGAUGGAUUGGGAAGAUUUAUGAUGAUAUAUACAGCAGAAUUCCACUCUUGUGA